AUGGCGAAACAAUUCUCCGCAAUCCGGUCCGCCGCAAUCGACGGCCGUCUCCAGAACCCAAUCUACCGCAAAGACCAACUGCGCUUCCUCCACAGUGGUCUAGCGGAUAAUGCUUCUUCAAUUCAAGAUGCCAUCGCCAAGGAUUCAAGAAAUCAGACUUCAGAGGUAAAAGUCGAGUAUUGUCUCGCUCUGCAGACUAUUGCAGAUGCUUAUAACUCUAUCAACCCUGAUCAGCAGCUUGAGGAAGAAUAUUCUGUGAAGAAAGGACAGGAUGAUCUUACGGCUCGGGAGCCGGUUGGUGUGGUUGUCAUUGAACCGGCUGCUCAUGCUUGGUUUUAUGGAUUGAUCUCUGCACUGGCUGUUGCUAUUGCGGCUGGAAACUGCGUUAUUGUUCAGUCCGAAAACUCUCUGCGGGAAACGCCAAAAUUGGUUCUGAAUCUCAUCCAGACCUCUCUAGACAGAGAUAUCUUCGCCACAUCAACCCAACCCGUCACCCCAGAAGAUCUCAACACACCUCACAUUCUCGUCUCCCAAAAUGGCUCAACAGGUCCUAUUCUUCGAAACCAUCUGGUUUCAGACCCUAAAGCUCCCGUGAUAGCCUUCGUUGAGCGAGACGCAGACAUUGCCUCCGCUGCACAAGCUUUAGUAUCAGCACGCUUCACCCUACAAGGCAAAGCACCCUACGCACCCGACGUCGUUCUUGUUAACGAGUGGGUCAAGAAGGACCUGCUGAAAGCUCUCGUGCAGAAGACUACCGAGGUUCUUGCAGCGCCGGCGAAGGGGCGUACUGUGAGAACAGGGUUGAGUAGGGAAGUUGAGAAGGACGACAGUGUGCAUGUUGUGCUUUCUGGAUCUAACGGUGUUAUUCUUGACGUUCAGAACAGAUCGUCGAGUCUGUUGAAACAAAAGGUUGAGGAGACUACUUUGAUUGUUCACUCUGUCACAAGUAUGGACGAUGCUAUUGACGCAUCAAGAGAUGUCGGUUCUUUGGCCGCAGCUUAUGUUUUCACCACACCCUCAAUGGCAAAGUACACAUGCCAAUUCCUCGACACAGCUGUUAGCUAUGUCAACCAGAUCCCCACACAGCUCCUUUAUUCUCCCAUCGCACCCGCUGGCUCCCCUCCCCAAGCCAACACCAACGCCAUAUACACCGAAGACCUCUUCUCUCGCCCCAAGCCAAAGUAUCUCAGCAAGUCCAGCACGGAUGAGAAGUUGACUAAGAUUCUCGGUACUUCGACUGCUGCUGAUCUAAGAGCGCUGGAGGUGGAAGCUACGAAGAGACUUCCUGAGAUGAAGCGACGUCUGAAGGGCACACAGCUUGGUUUCUUUGAGCAGGGUAUCGUCACGAGUUUGGCUCUACGCAAGAAGGAGCCCUGCGAAGGGUUGGCCGAUGUGAUAGCCUGCCUUGUCUUUGCUACUAUGUUCGCCGCUUUAGAGUCCACGACGUUAACUAUGACACACACGCUCUUCAACCUCUGUGCAACUGAUCCAGCGAAAAAAGUCUGGAAGACCCUAGAGGAAGAAGGCCGUUCCGCAUUCUCGGCGAAGGUAGACCAGUCGACUGUCAACAAUCUCAAGUAUGCAGACAGCGCUAUAAAGGAGACUCUCCGGCUACAUACAUCCAUAAAAGCCCUUGGAGUCCAGGUUAUGCAGCCUACUGGUUUAGAUCUCAAAGGCUACGACAUCCAUCUCCCCCAAGGCUCACGCGUCAGUGUUCCUGUUUGGGGUAUUCACCACGACGAGGAUAUCUAUCCUGCUGCUCACAACUACGAAGCCUUUCGUUUUGUCCAGGACGGUGGGAGCAAGGACUCGCUAGUUUCGACGUCCGAGAAUUAUCUCUCUUUUGGACUAGGAAAGCACUCUUGCCCUGGAAGAAACUUUGCCGCUAUCGCGAUGAAGCUGUUUUUGGCGUAUCUGGCUGGCAUUUUCCCAUACCUCCGGUAA